ACGGUGGCUGUAUUACAACAACUGCGACGGCGCAUUGGAAUUCUUCGGUUGACGUUGCAAAACGUUGGACUGAACUAUAGUAGUGGGUAGGGAUAAAAAAGAAAAAGGUGGUUUACUUCCACGCUGACGAGACGCGAGAUUUUUGUCGUCCGCUAACUUCUGACAUAUCAAGCAUAUACAUACUGUCAGUUUAAUUGUCAUUGUUUCAUUUUACACACAUUCCAAGUGCCAAUUUUUAUUCAAUUUUAAAUAAUAACAAAAAAGAAAACAAUGGCUCCAAAACAGAGAAUGCGUAUUGCAAACGAAAAGGCUACCAAGAAUAUCACCCAACGAGGAAACGUUCCUAAAUCGACAAAAUUGCUAAAUGAAUCAUCUCCUGUAGGUCCUUGGCUUUUGUGUCUUUUCGUUUUUGUCGUAUGUGGUUCUGCUGUCUUUCAAAUAAUCCAAAGUAUACGAAUGGGAUAAAUAUUCAAAGAGGAGAAAUUCAUUUUUAUAUAAUAAUUUAAGGAAAAUCCACCAACUCACUAUGAACAUCAUUAUUAUCAGUUUUGUUUUCAACAAUUAAACGAUGAAUCAACUUCGGAUAUUUUGAACUCAAAAUGACGCUCAAAGAGCUCGAAUUGUUAUUGAGCCAUUAUAAUCCUCUAAUCAAUUUCAUAAUGAGCUCUAAAAUAGAAAUUUGAUAAAAAAAAAAAAAAAUUAGAGGAUUUUUGCAAUAAUUCUUCCUCGUUCGGCUCAAAGAUUUAUUAUUUAUAUAUAUAUAUAUUAAAAAAAAGAAAAGAAAGAAAGAACAUUAGCAUUUAUAAGCGUUUAAUAUAAACACAAUGAAAAGACUAUUUUAGUCUCAAUCACAAUUUGCCCGUCGAUGAACGAAACUCCUCAAGUUUUCAAUACAAUAUAAAUAAUAUGUCCAAAGCACUAAAAACUUGAAAUAAUUAUUAUUUAUAAAUCGUAAAAAAAAUACAGAUUUUCCUUUAUUCUCAAUAUGUCCAAUUGACAAUUUUUCUUUUUGAAAACAUUCCAGAUUCUUCCAUCGACGUUUCAUCUAUAUGAGACAAUUUGUAUAUAUAUAUAAUUAUUGAUAUAACAUUGUAUUUUCAUUCAUCUAUGGCAUUCCAUUAUAAAUUGAUGAUCAAUAAAUUGAUUGUUUUUUGAUCAAUUAUAAAAAUAAGGAACGCUUACUCUGACGCUCUAAAUACAUAUAUAAAUAUAAAAUAUUCUGUAAUAAUUGAAAAUAUAUUUACAUACAACAUUUAUCAUUGAAAUAAAUAAAUUAUACUGAUA